AUGAUCCAGGAGAUGGACCCCCCGUCGCCGUUUCGGCUGGAGUCCUUCGGAAACAUGAGCCGCCAAGUCGAGCAUGCGAUCCAAGAGCAGCAGCAGCGCAUGCAGCACGCCCACCGCCGCGUCGACGACGCAGGCGGGCGCAUCCGGCAGCUCGAGAACGGCGCGAGGGAGAUCGAGGCCCAGAUCUCGCACUUCCACGCCGCUGACAAACGGUCGGAGAAGGAGCAGCAGCUGGUGCUCGAGGCCCUGAAAGAGCAGACCCAGGAGGCGGCUGCGAAAACCGCGGAGCUCGAGGCUGAGUGCAAGGGAUUCGAGGAACGCGUGGAGCAGGACCGGCUGGCGUACCCGAGCGACGGGUCACGGGACCGGCACUGUGCCGGUGACUGA